AUGUCUUGCUGGCGCCUUCUUCCUCUCGUCGUGCAGUCUAAUGACAAGCCAUUACCCCAGCUCCUAGUCAAGCCAGACUUCACUCUUGACUCCUACAAACUCUAUGUUACGGAUCUGAGUAACAUUUGGGCAGAAGAGCUGGGCUUGGAGGACAUCGUGGGCCGAGCUUCCACUGAGCAAACACCCAUCGAAGUCAGCAAACAUGACACCACCCAGCUUGCCAUUCUCCUCGACAACAUCAAGAAAGCUCUAACAAGCUCGGAAGAUGCGCUGUGUCGCAUCACUCGUAGCCAUGGCGAUGGUUUCACUUUACACACCAGUGUGGCCCUCCCAAAACCUCUUGAUUCCUUGAAGUGGAAACAUCAUCUCGAGAAGCGCACCUCGAUCAUCCUCAAAAACGAGCUCAUUCUACCCCUUCUAGUAUCCUCUCACAUCCAACAUGAACGAAUAUCUGGUCUCAUUUCCACCAUCUACGACAAGGAUAAGGCAAUCAACCGGCUACUGGACCAGUAUGAGUCCAGCAAUCUUGACCUUGCUGCCGCUUUCCCUAGUAUUGGCAGCUUGAAGGCGGGAAGAAGGACGAUCAAACGAGAGCAAGCGGUAAAGCACAUCCCCGAAUUACAACCCUUCAGCGAGGAACCAUGGAGGGAGCACACAGGGCAGUUGAAAGACUCGAGCGUUACAACGCUAGGGCUCUUUGAGGAAGCGCUUGUGCAUAGCACACCAAAUGUGCCGCGAAUAUUGAAGUCGGAGGAGAACGGUGACGCGUGGUGGUUUGAGAUUCCUAAUACGUUGGCUGCGCUCGAGGAUACGGCAAUGAUCAAAGUGGAAAAGUCUUACACCAAAGAGUCACAUGAAAACUCUACUAGCAUUUCGAGCGAUGGCGAAACAGAGGACGAAUUCGAGACGCAUGAAAAUUUCAAGAAACGCAAUGCACCUCAUAGCAGCGACAAGGCCAUCGAGGACGCAGAGAAUCUGGCUUUGUUGGAAGACGAAGAUGCCAAUACGAGUACAGAAGAUGAAGACGAUCUUGAUGUGCCUCGUAAAAGUCUACAUCAAAGACAAAAUCAAAGUCUGGGACGUCAAAGCAAAUCACCAACUGUCACAUCGCCAUCGCCAGCUCCAUCUGUGGAAUCAGAAUCUCUACAGCAAGAGCCUGUGAGACCUAAAACGGAAUUACGCACCGGCGCAACAGCGAAGCCAACGCGAAAGGAGAUAUGCUCACCGCCUGAAGCAACGAGUUCAUCUAAUCCAAAACUAAAUAUCCUACCAUCUCGAGAGUCUGUGCCACCUUUUCAGAUGGAAAUCGAUUCUCUAGCAAAGACCUCUCCCAAAAAGGCGCUAAACCAAUUCAAGAUCGGAGGCAAAGCCAAACGCACUGAAAAUGAAUCGUCUCAACGCGGGACAACUUCGCCAAGGGCGAACCGGGUCAGAACAACAGCAUCACCUACCGUGGAACCACCCUCAUCAUCACCACGACAAGCAAGUUUAAACGGGAAUAUGACUGUUCCAGAUAUUCAUGAAGAAACGCCUGAAGAGAAGGCUGUACGGAAGCGAGCAGAGCUGAAGCGUAAAAAAGAGGAGGCGACCAGAAAGCAAGCCGGACAAAGAAAGAAGAAGCGAUUUUGA